AUGGUUGCAGAUAUCGACGGCGGUCAUCUGGGGGCGGUCCUCCAGCUCCUCUACCUACUCUCGACCUUCAAACAGCGACUGAGGCAGCAGAAGCGCGAGCUCAAGAAGCUCGAAAUGCCGCCAGCCGUGUCGAAGUUUGUCUUAACUUUUUGUGGCAUUGGAGAAAUUGGGUUCUGAGGCCGUGUGCAAUGAAUAGAAAUUUUCCGCCAUUGUUAAUAGAAGUUGGAUUCUUUAAUUUCGAAGGUUUCUGAUGUAUUAAUGAUUUCUGAGAAAAUCCAAACAGAGGAAAUCAAGGUUGAAUGUGAAAAGACUAACUUGAAUUAUUCUCAAGUUUCAGGAAAGAAGUGCAAUAUUUUUUUCACCAAAAGCUUGAUUUACGAAAUGCGCUCCACUGAUAACCGUAGUUGAGAUUUUUUUAAUGGGUCGGGUGGUUGAAAAAUGUUUUCCAAAGGUUUUAGAUUUUUUCAUUUCAUUUUUUUUUCUCCAAGUCGUUAAAGAAUCUCUCUGGGGUCAGAGAAAAGUGGAUACAGCGUGAACUUGAGAGGUCGCAGAGAAUUCGGAGUUUUUGAAGUUUCACUGAGUAAGCUGUAAAACUUGAUACACUCAAAAAGUUUUUGCUCCUGUUCCCAUGGCACCUCGGAACAUUCUUUCGGAUGUUCUCCACAUAAAAAAUUAAUUCCCAAACACACCCGUCCCAGGCCUCGAAUGUCUCCAUACGCAAAACGUAACAUACAUAAAUUUUUUCUGUGGUGUCGCCGAAUUUGAAUGCAUUUGCGAUUUUUUAUUCACACGCCUCGAGGGCUUUUCGUAUCGAGAGAAAAUGUGGGGACGGUUAUUGUAUUGGUGAAAAGCAUCGACAUCGCGUCGCGUUCAGGUUGCCCUCGCCGCUUCGACCGCAGUCGUCGGCGGUCGCCUCGAUUUCUGCGACUUCGGCGACGACGACGACGAUGUCGCGAAUCCAGCCUCCUACCAGAAUCGCCGUCCCUCCUAAUAAAGGUAACUUUUUUUGCUCGUCUUCUGCGAAAAAUCAUACAGUUACACUGGCACUGGAGAUGGUGAGAGUUUUGUGAGUUCUGGAAGCUGGAACCUCAAAAAAUGUGAAGGAGACAUUAGAGCUUGAUGAAGUUGAGUAGAGAUGCCACACAGAAAAAUAACCGCGAAUAAUAUUUUUGAUUUUCCGUUAAAAUCUACUUUCCGCCAAAUAGUAAUGGAAGCGAAAAAAGUAAGCUUUUUCGUCACAAAAGUUUAACAAAGACAUAUUUUUUUAAACUUUUCUUCGAGGAAAAACGAGAUUUUCAGGAUUCUUUGAAGUUACCUUUACGAAAUGAAUGAAUUUGCCUGCAAGUUGAUCCGCUCCACUGAUUUUCGAUGAUUUCAAAUAUUUUUUUACGAAAUGAAGAUUUUUCUCAAUAGUUUAUAAUUCGAUUUUUUAUUUGGAAAAAAAUGAAGAAACUCGGUUUUUUUCAGAACUCAAACUUUUCUUUUUCAAUCAUCGAAUCACGAUAAACUUAAUAAAUUAGAAAAAGGAACUUCUGAGGCUUUGAAAGCAUCUUUAAUAAAAUUGAGAAUUACCAUUUUUUUCAAAGGAAGUUUAUCAUGAAAAACGACAGUUUUACGUCUAUUUCACAAAAAUAAUUCUUUUUGUUUUUAUCCCAUUGAAGCGAAAAUAAAAAUCUAUGAAUAACCAUACUUUAUUUUUUUCGGCGGCUGAAUAUUUCCGUUCAAUUUUCUCGCAGCCUUUUUUCCAGGUAUUCAUUCUUUCUAGCACAAAACAAUCAAGUUGUUUUUAUUUACGGCCUCCUGCCGCAAAACGUAAGACUCUUAGUUGUCCCUUAAGUAGUGUGAGACUGGUUUUCUCUAAUCCGAAAAUUAGCCGACGGGAACUUGAGCAGAGUUCGACUUUUGGUCAGUCAUUUCCUCGGGAACUUCCGCCCAAUUUCAGAACAUAUCGCGUGUCUCCAUGACCAAUCCUUUAUAUUAUGCCGAUGCAAUUUCACCACAAACCGACCCGAACGUCGGCUAAUAAACAAUUCACCAACCCUUCACGUUUAUUGGCUCUACACCCUCCUUCUUUGUUUUCUUCUGGAUACCAUUUUUAUAAGCUUCUUUUGAGCCUUUUUCGAGGAUAUUACGCUUUUCAUAAAUUUUUUUUCACGCUAACGUGAUUGGUCAUUUUUGCGUAGGGUUCGGAAUUUUCUAGAAAAGGCUUCCCAUACUUCAACCGUUUAACGUAAAUUAAAUGAAUAUAUAUAAUCAAAUAUUUUGAUUUCGCGUAUUUCUUGAUAUAAAUGAAGUCCUAAAAUGACGUCAGGGAGUAGCGAUUUCCGAUUUAACGAAUUCCGUUCAUGGAUAAAAACUUUGAAAAAUCAUAUCUCCAAAACCAGAAUUUCGCGCAGAUAGCGACUAUGAUUCCCAGUCCGUCAAAAAAAAAAUUUGAGCAAAUUUAUAGAAAGUUUGAGACCCCACGCAAAAAUAACCUUCCAUGUAAGUCCGUUUAGAUGUUCAAUUACCAUGCUCGAAAGCUUUGAGAGCAGACUUGAUCUCAGAAUUCUUUUUAAAUUUGUAUCUUCUACUGAUAGGAUGUUUCACCGUCCGAUAUGAGCAAGAGCGAGAGAUCAACUAUAGCCUGAAGAGAGGUCAGAGAAGUUCAAGCACUCUCGUUUCCCUGGCGUCUCUUCAGGCCGCCGCUGCUCUCUUGCUUUCGCUUUUUUAGAAUUCGUUUUUUUACCCUCAUUUAGGAAGUUUUAGUUUUAUAGAGAAGCCUAAACCCUGCGAUGAUAAUGAUUUUUUUUUGUUUGGGAGAACGAAAUAAUUUUUUUUUCAAAAGAACAAAUCAAAAAUUCUCAACUUGAAAUUGUAGAAAAAACCCGAGUUCUGAGAAGUUAAUCAAAUAUCAGGUUUUUUUAACAUCGUUCGUGAGCCAGGGAAAUCAAAGGACGUAAGGACUCAGUUUGUGAAAAAUAAAUACGUCAGAAAGAAAAUUAUGGAAAAUUCGUGUUAUUUUUUUGACCAGGUACAAAAAAUGUUGAAAAAACGGAAAUUCUUCAGAUCUUCAGAUAACGUGAAGAAAUCGAGUUUUAUUACGAAAAAAAUUUUUUUCAAAAACCUUCACUCUGACCAUCAAGCUACUUCUAUUUGAUUUCCGAAAAAAACCCUCUUCGUAGUUUUUUUUUUGUUGGAACUGGUACAUGAGCUGUAAAUAAUUGGCUUGAGAAGGUUAGUUACACAAGGCCUUAUAAUAGCCACCCUGUUUGGGUGUCCUCAUGUCUGUCCAUGUGACGGUGAGAACUGAAGAAUUGACCUCGACGGUCUCCACUUGUGCCUUUUAGAGAAGCACAGUUGGUCUCCGUAACUGGCUUAGCUCUGCGCUUGUUCCGCGCGGGUAUUAGUGGAUUUUCGCCUCAGCUGCCUUCCUAUUUCAUUUCUGAUCGACGUUCCGAACGUUUUGAUCGCCUUUUUUGGGUUUAGAUCAUUCAUUACUGCUUUCUGUAGUGUUCGGAGGGAAAAGUUUUGAAGAAGCGAAAUUUUUUCUAAAAGUCGAUGAUCAGUACUUUUUGGUCUUAUAGGAUAACUAUGUAUCAACUAUUAGAAUCUAGGUUGUUUUUUAUUCAUAUCCGGUGCAGUUCAACAAUCUUUUUUUGUGGAAUUUUGUCUUGAUUUGGAUAUUUUUUUAAGCAUUUUGACUUUGAAAAUAAUCAAAUUUUAUUCACUUUUCCACACAAUCUUUCUUUUUUAUUCGUUGAAUAUUUCAUGAAAUUUUGGGAAAGUUGUGCGUUUCCUUGAUAUUUCAAGAGUAUAUUUUUUGCGAAAUCAAACUUUUUAAAGUUAAAAAAAGAUUUUAAAAAGCCCCGUAGUCUAUUUACCGUGACUUGGAAGUUUUCAACUGUCUGCGUCUCCCUGUUCUCUCACCGGCGAGGUCAGAGAAACAUGAAAGUAGCAAUCUCAAAAUGAGAUGGUCACCGAGAGAAGAGAAGGGCGCAGAGAAAUUUUUCAAGUCGGCAGAAAAGGACUGUAGCUCUAAUUAUUAUUUUUCUCAGUUUUCAUUGGGAAUUCAAUUUCUCAACUGCUCACUUUGCGUUCACUUAGCUGGUGGCAACUCGCACCUAAUCCAUCUGCUUAAUUACCGUUUGUUGCGCGAGUCGAGAAGGAGCUGCAGCAGCUUCCCAAGGCGAGUCGGACAGCCAAUUUGAGCACAAUUAACGUCAUAGAAGCAUCAAGCCUUCCACCUCCUCUUUUCGUACCCUUUCUCAUUUCCAUAUAUUGCCGCACGUUUGGGUAGCAUCUUUUGACAUAGUUUCGUUCAAGUGUUAAGGACCUGUUUUGUCGUUUUUAAAUGCUUCGAAAUUUACUAUUUUCAAAUUUCUAACUGACAUAUUCUUGUCGAAGUGUUCAGGAGUACCUGUUUCAUCAAUUUGAAAUUCUUAAAUUUUCUUAAUUCGGCUGGAAAAAAUCUCAGAGAUUUUUUUUGACUGUUUCAAGCCUUUGAGCGCUAAAGUAAAAGAAAAGAACGUAAACGUUUUUUAGGCAGAAAUUUCGAUCCAGUUACAAAAAAGAACAAAAAACUAUAAAAUACUGUGUCAAUAUUAAUGACCGAUUGGUCGAGCUGACUUUUUCAUCUUUUUAAAAACUCUCGCUGUUUUUUUUUAAGAAACUCUGAAUUGAAUGACUUUUUAGGAGGUAUCAGAAACUCCUAAAUUCUGAAAAAUGUCUUGAAGUUCUGUGGAAAAAAAGUUAGAGCUUCAAAAAGUUCGGCAAUAAUUUCUACUUGAGACAAUAAUUAUGGUUGAGCCAACCCUGAAAAAAUUCUCAAAAAUUUUGACAGACAAUACUCUCUUUUUCCUAGAAAAAAAAAUUCUGAAAUCGCUCGAAAUUCGGCUCAUCAAUCUCUGGAAAAAAGCAUCGCCCUUUUUUCCAGAGCCUUGAAUUCUGCAGGAAAAAUAUGGGUCCAGCCACUCCUCCCCACCUCAUUCCAUUUUCAUUUGCCUCUGUUCUCAAAUGGCUUUGAAUUUGGUGUUUUAUGUAGUUUUUUCAGACGUGAAGACUUGCACGACUCCAAUCAAAACUUCGGGCCUGAAGCCGCCAGGUUCUUCGAUUCGGCCACCGAGCAGGAGUAACGGGUGAAUACAGAUAAUGUUUCGAUUCUAAACUCGCUAAUUUUUUAAAAUUGUGCUGCUUGAAAUAAGCAUUUUUCCAGAAACAACAAUGGAUCAUCAGCAGCGUCGACGCGAAGCAGUAGCAGCGUAGCUUCUUCGGCGACCUACGCCUCGAUCCCGUCGAUCUCCCCGUCGCCGUCGCCAGUCCCCAAGGCGAUUCAGACACCGUCCACCAACCGACGCGCGCUUCAACCGCCAAAGACGACGACUGCGACGCGGAUAGCACCCGCCAGAAUCACAACCAAUACUGUGGCCAACGACAAGAACGACAACAACAUGCUCAAGUUGAAGCUGUUCAACAAGAAGCAGCCGUCGCCUCAACAGUCGCCGAGCACGGUGAGCGAAGUUUUGAGGAUGAUAAAGUCAGAUUAUCUACUUUUCCUACUGAAAUCGAGGCUAGAAAGUGAAGCUCGAGAGAUUUUUGGAUUCAGCUUAUUUCUAAGAGUUCAGCAUUAUUGAAAAGGCUUUUCCUAGUUGGUUUACUUCCUAGUAAAACCUAAAAUUUUUAGUUUGAAAAAAAUGAACCAGAAUUAAAGUUUAGAGUUCGAAUCAAGCAACCAGAAAUGCACAGAUACGUGAGGCAACUCAAAAACUUGAAAACUGGCAUCCAGAGAUUGUCAAGUUUUACUUUCUAAUGCAGAAAAAUAGAUCAUACGUCUUUCAUGCAAAAAGCUGCUUGGUCAAGUGCGAUAAGAAACUCGACUCAGAAAAAAUAGAGACCAGUGACGGCUUGAAGGCACCAGAGAAAUAGAGAAAAUCUCGUUCUCUGGUGUCUCCUUAAAACGCCUUGGGUUUUUUUUUGGCGAAAAACUGGCGAAAAAAACCCUUUUCGAAUAGUUUAUUUAUAGUUAUUUUUCUUGGUUUUCAGCUCACAGAACUGUGUGUAAAACUUCACCGGAUCUCAAGAUUUUUGAAACUUUUCUGUAAACCUCACCUCUCUGAUUCGAAUACUCUCCGUUCUUCAGAAAGAUUUCUCAGCUCAGUUUGCUCACUACUCAACACGAAGAAAAAGAAAAAAUCGACGGAAAUCCUUCUAGGCCAUACUAAAUGAAUGAUUUUCCGUUCUUUCAGACACGAAAAGCGGCGCCUGCAGCAGCAGCUUCGACGACAAGAAGCGUCCUGAAGGCUCCGACCAAAUUCGCCAACAAGAAACAGCCUCAACAAAUUCCCAUUACCGAGGUAGGUUUUCCUUUUUCACAAAAAAAGUAAACGAAGAAAACUGAAAGAAGAGUUGAAUGGGUGGCCGAGAGUUGGCGGCGGAUAAUUGGCCCUGAGGGGACGACGGAACGCCGGACCUAAUAGAUCAUGCCGUCGUUUCGAGGCCUCGUUCAGAUUUCCUCCUGAUAAACUUCUUUUACUUCGUCUCCAAACCCGACACUACUUUUCCUCUCUUUUUUCUGGUUUCUGAAAGUUUUUUUUAUAGGUUAAAUGAUGUUCAUAGGAUUCUCUAAGCCUCUUUAGGAUGCUUCAGGGCUUAUCUCGGUUCCCCUCGAGGAAUUUGCAAUGGCUAAAUGCGUUGCGGUCGCGCUGCGGUUCAGAUUAAAAUCUCGGUGUUUUUUUUUUUUUUUGGAAGUGCAGCCGACUCUAAGCUUUUCAAGCUUUUUUUUGACUUGUUUUCAGGUCUUACCAAGAUUAAGAAGAUCCUUCGAGUUUAUGAAAAUUAUUCAGAGCAUGUCUAUGGAAUCGAGCUCUUCUAGGGUGUCUCCAGGGUGUUCUGACUUACUUAGAAUGUACUAGAAACUACUAAGAUUCUCCCGAACGCAUUUAGAAUGGCUCAACGCGAAACGGUCGCGCUGCGGUUAAGAUUAAAAGUUCGAAGUUUUGGCGUGAUUUGGAGCCUACUCUAAGCUUUUCCGUCAAGUCGCUUCUCGGUCGGAUGCAGCUUUAUCACAAUCGAUCCGAUAAGCCUUCUACCCCUCAUAACUUGGAUUUUCCAAUGAAAAAAGAAAAGAAAACGUGAGUUUUUAUAUACCAGCCGAUUGUUACGUAAACGUACGAGUUUUAUUAUAAAUUCGUAAAAUUUGAUAGCUUACUGACUAGCGCAAGAAUAUAAUGGGAACGGAGGUCUUUUUUCUGUAAACACUAUGGGAAAUGAAAAGUUUUACGGUUCAAACAAAUUGAAAAAACUCUUACCAUGAAAAAAAACUUAAAUAUGGAUGGUAGCCUCAGAGGGAACACUUUUCCAUGUUUUUGAGAUUUUUUUUUGAAGUUUUUUGCUUUUCUUUUUCGUGGAACAGACUUAAUUUAAAGACGGCUGAAAUUCAGCAGAUCUAGGCGCUCCAACUAUAAUUAAACUCAGUUUUUGUAUUUUUUUGAGGUAUUUUCAUAUACUUUUUUUGUCGUUAAGGCAAGAUUUUUUUUCCUGGUGGGAAUAAGAGCUAAAAUGAGAAAGUCUUGUGCGGUUUAUCGUUAAAAUUGAUAAAAUUCAAUUUUCAGAUUUUUUUGUAUGACCAGGAUUGUUAUAAGCGAGCAUCGAUUUAUAAGAAACUGAUGGAAAAGAUUAGAGAGCAAACAUUUAGUUUCACUACCAAAAGCUUUUUGGCAAUUUUUUCCUGCCUCCAUUGCACUCAAACUUCCUGAAGACCAUCUCUUAUGAAGUUUAUGACGUCGGAAUCCGCAAGGCGUCAUAAAAACGUUGUAUAAUUGACCCCCGGCGAGAGGAGCACGACCGAAAGAAAAAAAUGGGCAGAAAAUGAGGCAAAAACGAGGGUUUUCUUUCGGAGAAGGCGGACGGAAGUUGUACAUCUGGAACGAGUUGGCUCCUGUCGCCUCCGAGAGGAAAAGAGAGACAUUCUUUCUUUCCUGUAUGUAUAUUUUACACUUUUCAAUCGGUUUUUGUCUCGGAUUCGUGCGAAAUUUCGGUUUUACAGCUUCACGAAUGGUUGAAAAACGCCAAUGCUCAUAUCAGUUUGAUGGAUCUUUUCUAAAAUUCGUCUUUUUUGAAUAAAUUUCUCGAAAUCGUUCCAACUUUGCAUUUUUUAAAGGAAAUUUAUCGUAUUUUUUUGUUCAGAUUAUUUCAUAAAACUUGGGCUUCAAAAUGAGCUUUGAGAGAAUUUUUGACACUUAUAACUUGGUUUCAAAGCUCAUUUUUUUUUUUUGAAAUGUCUCUUUUACAAACAAUUCCACGAUAGGUUCCCAGAUAUUCUUUCAUAGAUUUUGAAAAAAAUAUCUUAUGCGAGGUUAACAAAAAUUGGAGGAUUAGGUUGGAAAACCGAUGUUGAAACAGGAUUUUUUUUUCAGAAUUUUGGUGAUAUUUUUUUCUACCUGAAAACUUCUGUACUUUUCUCAUUCCCAAUGGGAUCCGGAUUUAUACUUUUCGGAGCGGAUUUAACUUCAGUUGCUCUUCAAAUCUAACAAAACUCAUGACAAACUGUCAAAAAUCAUCUCAAAACAUGGAAAAGUGUUCCCUCUGACGCUACCAUCCAUAUUCAAGUAUUUUUCCACGGAAAGAGUUUUUUCCAGUUUGUUUGAGCCGUAAAACUUUUCAUUUCCCAUAGUGUUUACAGAAAAAAGACCUCCGUUCCCAUUAUAUUCUUGCGCUAGUCAGUAAGCUAUCAAAUUUUUCCGAUUUGUCAUAAAAUUCGAUACGUUUACGUAACAGUCUGCUGGUAUAUAAAAACUCACGUUUUCUUUCCGUUUUUUUCACGGGGAAAGCCGAGUUGUGAGUGGUGAGGGUGGAGGCUUUUUAUGUGCGCCCCGGGGCCUUCGUUAAUGAAAAAGGCGAAGUUUUUCGAGCUUGAUGCUCCUUUUCCGGUUGUCGCGUCAUCUUUCAUUUCGCGUUUCUUUUCUGACGUCUACACUAGUUUCGAGUAGUACCUUUCUAUUCUAAGAUUUUGUUUUUGUUUCGUCUCAAUACUGAAAAAGGGAAUUUUCAGACUGCGAUUCAAGUGAGGAACUCGACGCCGCCGAAACGGGUCGACACUGUCACGAUUGAGAAAAGGUAGAUUUUUAACUUUGAAGAAGUGGUUUUGACACGAAUAGCAGGGUACCGUAGUAACAGAAAUAGGUCAAUAAUAUUAUUUAUUUACAGGCAGAACAAAAAUAACAUGUACAGAAAAAAAGAGAAAAAAAUUUGGCAUUAGGCCUGAAAUAAAUAAAUAAAAGGCACCUGAGGCCCUCACGAGCCUCUGAGCCAGUAAUGAAAGAAUAAGAGGUGAGGAUUGCACAAAGGUAAAAAGUAAAUAGAAAAGAAAGUAUAAGUUAUGACACAGUGUAGCACAGGUGAGUGGGGAAUUUAAUCGUUUGUAAUGAUAUAGACGCGCAUAAGAUGGAUUAGAGUAGGGCUGAAGCACGGGUACCUGGUUCAACGAAGUCUGCUGGGAAUAGAUCCAAAAAGGAAAUUGUUAUCGAGGGAUAGUAACAAAGACCUGAAACGAUCUGGAGAAACAUUGAGGUUUCCCAAUGUAGCCAGUUAGGUUAAUUUUGUUCGUGAAAGUAUUCAUAGAAUCAAGAGGAAGCUUAGAAAUCUAGAAUAUAGAAAAGCUUCUUAAUGAUUUGAAAAAUGAAAAGCAAAUUGACUUUUAAAAAAAAUCAGAACUUUUCGAAAGACUAGAUUAACAACUUUAUUCAAAAAUUAGAGAAAUUUAAAAAAACCGUAAUAAAAAAAGGCAGUUUAGCUGGUGUAUUACAGUUAUGGUGUUAUAAGAAAGUUUACAAAAAAUGGUCUUUUUAAAAAAAGGAAAAAAGGUACUUAUGUUUUUGUGAGUGUUGAGGAAAAGAAAGCACAGGUCAGACUGUCCAUACCUAAGCAGACGAUUUUUAAAAACCUUCGUACCUCAUUCUACCUGAGGUUAGAGGGUAAUGUAAAUCCUUAUUUCCUUGAGAGUGAUAAAUAAUCCUUCUCUCCAAAUAGUUAGGCUCUAAACUUGCUUAAAUACGUGACUUUAUCAAGAUGUGGUCAGUUGAUCCGUUGAAAGGAUGUUUAAUCAGAAAUCUUCCAAUUUCCACUUUCAAGAUGCUCAAAAAGCAGUGAGGAAGACUCGGCGUACGUCGGUUUCAACAGCACGUCGCCGGCUUCAUCGACCGAGGGAUCCAUCAGCAUGCAUUCAACCUCGUCCAAGGUUUCGACUUCAAAAAAAAAAAAUGAUCAUUUUUCCCAAUUUUACAGAGCUCUCGAGAAGGGGUUUCCUCCCAAUUUCGCCAAUUCUGAGGAACCUUCCGCGACAUCGAUGAGUUCUAAGCCGAAACCUGUCGAUGUUGGUUUUUUAUUGGCAUUUUUUGUUUCAGAAGUUUGAAAAGAUAUUGAGAACUAUUUAGAAUCGGCCCUCUAGCCAUGAGGCUACUUUAGUGGACAGCGAGUUUUCAUUUUACAAAGACGCUAAAUGAAUAAAUUCAGUUAGCUUCAGAAGCUUCAGUGAAAAGUGAGAUAUCCGUUUGAAACUCUUUAGUGACCACUUGGAUAUAUUCAUUACUGAAUUGAGACAUUAUGGAAGGAUGGUCUAUACACGCUCUGCGAAAUAUCGUGCGAAAUUAAGAGUUUAAGACGUCUAUGUAGUUAUGUUGUCUCACGAUAUCGUUGAUUGGACUACAGAGGUCCUCAGUAAUCAAAAAACCCUCUAGUAGCCACUUCAAAUUUUCUCUGAAAAUGGACGCUUCAAUUAUUUUAGGGGCGUAGAUUCAAUCAAUAUCUCCUUUUGUAAUAGCCAUAGAUGUAAUUUAAUGGGAGGUAAACACGAACUUUAUGAAUCAGUUUGACAAUAGAAGGAUCAUUUCGAAAUUCUAGGAGAAGCCAACGCUGGCGGUGAAGGGCGUCACGAAGAGCGAGAAGCUGUCGUUGAAGCCUUUGAGACGACCUAAGCCCUGUCCUACAGAUGACGGUGAUGAUGAGGACAGUUCGCCUACAGAAACUCUUGAACCUCGUUUUGAUGCCAAAGAGAAAGAGAAGGCCCCGGCCGUCGUUGGCGUCGUCAGCCCCAUGUUGAAUCAGCGCAAGUUUGCAGGUUCGUGGUUUUUUGAUUGACUCAAAUGAAUGGGUUGAUUUUAUACUUCUAAGUUAAUAUAAGGUAUAUUUAUUUGCCUGAAUCAUUAAGCCGUUUGAAGUUCGACACUAAAAGAAAUAAUAGAAACUUUUUUAAAGUCAAGUUUUUGCACCUCAUUUUAACCUACUCGGUUGAAAAUAAAAAAAUUCCAAACUUCAAAUCUGGUUGAAUAAUUCAAAGUUCCAAUGAAGGGCUUAUUAUUUCAAAUUUCGAGUAAUUGAAAAAAAAUAAUUAAACUGUGCAAGGGUUACAGUUCACGACUAACUGGUCUACUACCCGAAAAAGCUUGGAAAAAUUUCUUACUCAGCUUAGACAAACAGUGACUAAAAUAGACAUGUCUUUUUGACCGACGCUUCACAUCUGGAUUCAGAAGAGGUUCCGGAGAAGCCGUCAACAUCGACGACGACGUCACCGCAGCCCAACGAUCUUGCCAAACCGUCCGUAGUUCUUCUCUUUUUUUUUCAAUUCGUUUCUGCAAGUCGCCUUGUGCGCGACCAAUUUUCCCGUCAUAUUAAUGGCUUCGAAUGAAGAAGGGCCAAUUGAAGUGGUGAACCUUGUCUUUUGCAGGCAGCAGUCGAAAGCGUCGCGCCUCGAAACCACCUUCGACGCCCAGGACACUCCCCACACCAUCGAGGUGCCGUUUUUCCCCUCCAAACUGUUGCUUACAAGCUCCGCCCACUAAGUUUCAGAGGCUGAAACUCAGACGUUACUGUAGUUUUUCUUGCUGGCGGGUAGUUCCUUGGUAGGGCUAGAUGAACUAUUAGGCUUCGGAUAGAUAGGAAAAGCUGGAAAUUUCAGGUUUUGAAAUGGAGUUCUUCUCUUGGAAUUACUGUAGUUUUCUUGUCGGUAGGUAGGCUCUUGUAGUGCCAGAACUAGAGUUAUUUAAAGCUCCAAACUAUUUCUAAAGGCUGGAACUUAUAGAUUUCUUAUUUCCGCUCAUCAAUUUUAUUCGGCCAGAUGGUAGUGUAGUUUUUUUUUUGCUCUAGGCAAGUGUUCCCUAGAUAUUGUGAGACGGUUUUCAAUUCUUACGCCUUUUUGAAAGGCUGAAGUAUCCGAGGCUCCGCCCACUUUUUUCUUUUCUGUAUUUUUUACGAUGAUACAGCCUCUGAAUUCAAAAAAAAAUAGUCAUAGGAAUCGGCAUUUUUGAGCUUUUUAGAUCUUUCCAAAUCAUUAGAACAUAUUCACAGAGGCUUUUUGGUUUUAGAUUCUGAUUUUUAAAAGAGAAGUUUUCAUCGGGCUCGCUAAUUUUUUCAAAAUUAUCAUAUGUUCAGAGGCUUCUAGGAUUUUCAGCCCCUUUUUCUCACAUUUUCAGAAAUCUCGUUUCCAUCGGGAAAAUACCACUGUUUUUUCUCGAUUUGCAGGUUCCGACGAUGCCGCCAAUUCGACAGCCCCCCACCUACAACCAACUGUUGCAGCAAGGCCGAAUCUGUGCGCCAAGCAAUCGUCUGGGUCAGUUUUUUCAGAGGCCGAAAAUAUUUAUAACAAAAAAGGUUAGAUGAGUUUCUGAAGAUAGUUCUGGCGCGAACAUAGGUGAAAAAGAUAACUCAAUUCAGAGAGGAGGGCUUGGCUUUAAAAACGUUUCGAAAAAAAGGGUAUAAAAAUGAGUUUCUACUCCUAGAGAAGUUGUAAUGACAAAAAUAAGACAUCAAUAAGAGAUUUCACUCAAUUUUGAUCAGAAAGAUCCGAAGGAAGGGUUGUUGGACUAGAAAAUUGGAGAUGUAUACUUAUUUUAUGAUUUUCGCUUGUUUUUGAGUAUCAAUUACUUAAUUUAUGCUUUAUGACCCUCCAAAACACGGUCAUUUUCAUUUUGCCGAAACUAUUUUGAUUGGACCACUAGAAAAAACUGAAGUGGUCCUCCAAUGGGACGCUAUUAGUGACCACUAGAGGGGACACGACCCUCAGAGGGAGUAGAAAUGAAAUGAACAUCCAAGGCAAAAUGUUUCAAAGAACUAUUGAUUUAGUGCUCACUUUUUACGCUUAUGUCCUAUUUUGAACGAAGGUUGAGGAGAUUAUUCGUUUCGGAUAACACAUAUAGCCGAUUCACGGCUGACUUCAGACGCAAAGAGGCGGGGCCUGUCUUUGCUUUCCAACAACCAGGAACUGUCCCUUUUGUUAUCGUGUCAGGACCCAUUUCUCGAAAGCUCAAGCCAGCCACAGCUUUAUAAAAUAUCUAUCUUUUUGUGAUCUUUUCGUUUCGGUUAAUGCAUAGGAAAGCCUCCUUUUUGGUGCCCUUGGUGCCUUCCACCACCGGCAAAACGUCCUGCGGUUUCCGGACAGCUGCCUGCCGUCAUCUUUAUGAUGACCGCCUGUGGUUCCCCUUGUUAGCCGUCACGCGUAAUGAAUGUAAUAAUUUCCCUCACAAUUUGUCGUCUUUUUGAGACGAGGAAACCGGGAAAGCAGUCUUAUGAGAACCGUUUUUAUGGUCCUCGAUUUUUAUCGAGAUAAUAUUGGGCUGAAGGAAGGCUUCAGAAUUUCCAUUUUUGCCUUUUGGAUCCUUUUUCUCCAUAGAAGCGUUCUUAUUGAAUGAAUUUCCACUUUUUUUCAAAGUGAAUUGUUAAAAUUGCCGCACGUGGAAUGGCUCAGAGUCCACGUAAACUGAAAAACUGAACGGCUUGCUCCAAAUUUUUCAAUUGCCUUAAGUUGUUUAGUGGUCGGGUGCGCCUUUUUUAGAAGUUUAUUUGAGAAAAUAUUCAACUUUUUAUGAAAAUUUUUUACUUUUUGAAACAUUCGACCCUUCAAUGUAUAAAUCACAGAUUUAUUGAAACAGAAAAAGAAAAAAACUUAUUAUUUUUUUCUUGGAGGUUCGUUUUUCAUUUACUCAAAUGUUUUGCCUUUUUUGAAAAAUCUGUCAAAAAAAGAAAGGUGAUAGUUUUUGUGGAGUACAUUUUUCGUUUACUUGAGUUUUUCAUCCUUUUCCUUCAAUAAAGGAAAAAGUUUCAGGCUUCGUCGACUCAUCGACGAGCGAAGACUCGCUGGACUCGGUGUCGACGACGAUCCGACUGAAACCGUCGGCGUCGACGUCGGCCGCCUGUGGCUACGUCUCCGAGGGGACGUCGCUCGACGCCUCCCGCUCCCACACGACUGGUUCGUCCCUCUCCCUCAGUUCGUUGUCACUUCUGAGUGACGCCUUAGAUCGGUAGUCAAGAUAACUUGUCGGCAACAUGUGAAGUUUCCUCUCCACUGAUUCAUGUCAUUUUCUCGCCUUUCUUCUAUUUUUGAACAGGUAUAAUUAGUUGAAAGAGAGGGUGUUCGAUUUGAACUUCAAUAGAGGUUUGAAAGAUUGACAGCUCCGUGGAGGGAUAUUUUUCGUGAGAUGUGUAAAAAGUGGAGAGAGUUUUCAAAUUGUAAAAAACAAAUUGAGAGUUGAAAAGCUAGUAAAAUGAAGCUUUCUGGUACAAUUUCCUUUUUUUAAAUAAGCUUGAUUGAAACUAAAGAUUCAAUUGUUUUUCCACAGAGGUGUUCCUCUGAAGCAAGGAUUGAAGUUAUCACUUAAGGAUUCAAUUUCUCUAAAAAGUUACAUCAUGAAUUUUCUAGCCAAUCAAUAUGAAAUUUUAAAAAGAUUAAACUUCUGAAUGCAAUCAAAGAAUCCACUUUAGGGUUUCCGGCGGCAUAAUUGUAGAAUUUAUUCCAUUCUCUAUACAAUUAUCUUCAAAUCUACUUCUGUGACUGAAUUCCCAGGAAGAACAGAACCUCAGAUCAACUCUAGAAUUUUGCAGAAUCGAGUGGAUACGCUUCGGAAGGCGGCGUCGCCAUGUACACCCGAAUGAAGGAGAAAAUGAGAGAGUAUGGCGAUGUGGCGCGACGAGCACACGACUAUCCGGAUAGGUACGCCUUUUCGAACAUUUUGAAGCGUUUUGGAAGAAAAAUGGUUCGAAACAGUUUAUGGUUUGAUUUUUUGGGUAUCGAGUAGGUAGCCAUUUUUUUUGUCAAGGUCUUCCACAGUUUUAAGGGGUUUCCAGUGUCCUUUCCAAAUGGGAAGGUUAGAGUAAAACUUUAAAGUAAUAGACAUUUUUUACAAAAGGCGUCCACUUAAAAAGUUUUAAUAAAUAUUUUCAAAAAGAGUAAUCAUUUUUCAAUUCUACUUACUUUAAAUUACCAAAAAGGAUCUUCAUCUGACCUUACGACGAAAAUACUUCAGAAAUGUCAAGUUUAGAUACAAAGGGAAAUUUUUAGGAAUUUUCUACGCCUUAGAGGCCAAUCUUAUGAAUCUUUUUGGUAUCUGGACAAAAAAGCUUUAAAAUUCAGCUUUUUUUGAGUUUUCUAGGCUGUUAGUUUUUCAGUAGAAGUCGAAAUCUACAAUUUUCUUCUUUAAAAUCUUCAUUUACGGAUUGUGAACUUGAGAUUUCUUGCUUCAAGUCACAAAUCUUUGCUAAGAUAUUUAAAGAAGCAUAGGAAAAUUUUUUUGAAAGUCUCUAGGCCUCUAGGUCGUCUUCAGACUGUUUUAGAUUAUUCAAGACUUUUGCGCCUUCAAAUACACUGAGAAGUUCACAAAAUGCCAGAAAUCUGGAACUGACAAAAGCUGCUGUGCUUUUAAGCCUGUCAAAGGUUUCCGUCGAUUCUCUUUGAUUUUGCCUCAUCAUCAUCUGUCGCAAUAUUCGAGUGGAACGACGCGGCUCAAAUCAAAUGAAAAUUCUUCAUGAGCCUUUUGGCGGCAUCCCCCCGGCCGGCCAAUGAAACCCGAACCGAAACGAGGCUGGCUCAGAGCCACGGAACGAUCAGAUAUGGCGAUAAAAUCGGGCCGCAGCCGAAAUGCCGUUGGAAUUAUAAAUGAGCCCCGGCAAAAGCUUCACUUCACACAGCGGAGACGUUCUCCGAGGCGCCUGACUCAUUAUUUCAUAAUCGUUCGGCUCUUUGGAAAUUUUGGAAGGCUUCCUGAAUUUUGUGCUCUUCGUCUUCCACUGAGUAAUUAUUCAGGUUAAAUAUUCCGAGCCAAGUUCAGGGAAGGCUAAGAUUUUGGUUUUGACUUGAAAAUCUACGGGGAAGGUGUAUCUAGCUGGAACUUUUGGAUUUUUGGAAAGAUGGCCGGAAAUUAGGUUGAUCUGAUGAAGAUCAUGAAAGUUGUAAAAAUACUCAGUUUUUGAGGUAUUUUGUUUCCGAAAAUUUCUUUUUUUUUAUUAAUUUGGUAGGCUGUUCCGUGGAGCGAAUCUUACUCCAAUUUUUUUCAAACGAUUUUGAAGUUUUGUUCUCAAAAUUUAUUGAUUUCGAUAACUUAUUGUCACCUUUUGAAAAACAAAAUUGAGCCUCCAAUAGGCUAAAAUUGUUCGAACUUGUUUUUUGAAAUUUUCAAGAUUGGUAGCUUUAAUUUUGAUCGAGAACCGCGAAAUUUCACGUAUAAGACCCUUUUUCCAGACAAGAGAGUCUGGUAACUGUGUUUUUUCCUCAAGUUUACUCCAAUUACCCUCGUUAAGUGGCACCACAUUUGCCAUAUCGUCUUGCCUCAUAUUUCUGGAACCCGAGACCCGCAAAAACAACUUCUUCCAAGCCAAACCAAAUGGCUCUUGACGCCAACCACGAAGUACAUCGAAAAUAAAUAAACAAGCGACGGCUGCGGUCAAUUUGCAUUCGAUUUUGCGCCAAACCGCAUGUCGUUUGGAGAAAGAUCACCUUUUUUUUUCUCCCGAGUUUCUCUUUUUGAAAGUUUUUUUCGGUUUAGAUGGUUUUUGGUUUUUUUUUUUGGUUGAGCUGACUUGGGUUUCAGUUUCUAAGAUUUCUUUUUUGGAUUUUGAGAAAUGCUCCGUUUUUGGCCAUCUAUCACGCCAUAAAACAUUUUAUUCAUUCCUUGAAGCCGUUUUUUUUGGACGCUUCAGAUCAAUUUCCAAAAAAAGUUGAUCUAUUUAUUCUCAAGACUGAAAAUUAUUGUUUUACUAAUCAUUUUUUAACAAUGAAGAAUUUCCCAAGAAGAAAUAUUUUUUCAGAAGCGUCGAAUUUGAAAUUUUCAGUUCUCUUGACAGUUUUGAACAAAUUUCUCUGAAAAGCUGGAUCGAAUUUAUCUUGCUAGAGAAUUUGAUAUGAAAGACUUCAAUCCAUCUUUAAUUUCCGUUUUCUAUGACCACCUGCCAUUGAAACUUUUUCCUGCCGCGCAGAUGUUCUUCUGACCAGCUUCCCGUCCGUCUAUGGCUCUUUUCCAUUGUGCGCCUUUUUUUCUGUUGGAUCGGCCACGUGCAUCGCUUUUUUUCCACUUUUAUUGCGCACAAAUUGCGAUCGAAAAACAUACGCACGUGUUGCGUUGGCCAGCAGGAGAAAAAAAAGUGGCCAGCUGUCAGUUUUAUCUGUAUGGAUCUUCAUGUAUACAGUCGAAAGCCCCCUUUUUCUAGGCCUGGAGAGGGAAGUUUCUUUUUUUGGAUUUGAUCCAAAUUUUCAACUGAGACCUUAAAAAAAGUAACCAGUUGUUAAGAUCAACGUGUAUGUAGUCAACGAUUUCCCUUUCCUUUUCUCAAAUUUCGAAAGGGAGAUUUCUUUAUGAGUUUUGUCCGUUUUUCAACUUUGGCUCCAAUCGUCCAGCUGUUAGAAUUGAGAAAGCCAAAAAUUUUCCUUUUUCUAUACCCAAAAAGAAGUUUUCCUCAUGGAUUUUUUUUUCUCGAAAUUCCCUUUGCCUAACGAGUUUGCAAUAAUUUUUUUUCUCAAAAAAUGACCAGCUGUCAAGUUUAGGCAGUCAAAACGUUCCUUUUUUUUAGACCUAACAGCGAAAUUUUUAUCUGUGUUUCCUAAUCGUCCAACCUUUUGUCUAAUUUUUUUUGAGGUAAUACCAGUUUUCCGACGCAUAUUUAAGGACCUACAUGUACACAGUCAAAAUUCCUCAUUUUGGAAACCUAGAAAGGGAAGUUUCCAUUUUGGCCUCGUCCUUUGUCCAACCUGGCCUCCACUGAAUUAUUUCUAAAGGUCUUUCACCUUUGCGCUCUCAACUUGCUUUGGCUUCUGAGCUGUAUAGUCAUUAGUGCCUGGUGAGUUGCUGCUGGGAUGUCCUACUUGGAUCGGCUCCUGCUCAGAUUGAGGUAUUUUUGCUUUUUUGGUGAUAGGAAAAAUUUGUGGAUAUCUUGAAAUAUUCUGGAAGCGAAAAAGUUAUAUUUUUUUGGAGAUUCUCCUAGUGGAUUUCAAAUGUCUUCCAUGGAAUGAAUAGGAAGCUAUUUGAGCACCGAAAUCGUGCGAAUCUCAAGAAGUUUCAACAAAAAAUCAACUAUUCCGGAAGGCCUUAUUAGGCUUAGGAGUCUUCGAGAAAAGGAAAAUGUUCUGUAGGUUUUCGAAUUUUCGCUGAUCAUUGAACCUUUUUGAAACCUUGUCGCCUUUUAUUGUCAUACUUUCACCUUUUUAGAAGCUUAGGUCUAAACUUUAUGGUUUGAAUCAAGUCUGAAUAACGUUCUGAAGAUCCUUUCUAGGUUCAUUCAGGCUUUUCCAAAAACUUUUUUUUCCAACCUUUCCGGUCUUCAUCAAAAACGGCUUCUUGGCAAUCAAGCACCUGGUCACAAGGCAAUCUUGUAACCGAGGCGUGUCAAGCGCCCAUCUGUACAUGUGUAGAGACAGUGUCGGCCCCGUGUCGGAAGUGCUUAAUGAGGCUUCCGUCAAGGCGGCUUUCCCUUCAAAGACACACACUGAAUACCUUAUUCGGCACGGCGUUCACGCAAUAACAAGCCAUUAGGACCGGAGGCCAAAAUUGCACAAUAAUAUCGACAAACAAUUGACGUUCUAGUUGUCACGUUCUUUACUGUCGUACACAUAAGGUUACACAUUUUUUUUUAAAUUUCCGACGAGAAGUUAGAUGUGCAGGUGGAUCAGUUUUUUGGUUUUCUUUUCCUCUAGUUACAUGAGCAAAUUUUGCGAAGGCUCUGGCUUCUCUGGUUUUUGUACUCUAUUUGCCACGACUUGAAAUAGUCUGACCUGUCUGUAACCUUUCUUACCUCACCAGAUCUCUUAAAAUGAGAAUAGGACGUGAAAGUGGAGGAGAAGAUAUUUAUCCACGUGGAUUAUCGUCUCAAAGAGCAAUUUAAAAACAAUUCGGGCUAGGUUCUUUAUUUUUCAUCCGGCUCAGAAAAAAAUUUGAAUUUUUUCCCCCCUCUUAAUCUUGAACUUCUUAUGAUGUAGCUAUACUAACCAGCAAUGCUGAGGCUAAUUCCAAUCGAAUAUCCAACGAUGAGCCACUCGAAUGAAGUUGCCUUUUUAUGGGGGGACACGCUUCCCUUCCGCUCAAUGGAUCGAGAGCCCGAAAGGGCCAUCAAAACCGAGUUUCCCACUUGUUCUUGAACUUUUCUACGCUUCUUUUUUUGGGGCAAUUUUUAUUCCUUUUCAAAUCUUUUGUAACUUGAAAUCAGCUAGAUUAAACAAAGAAUUUGAUGUUUGGUGUGUAAAUUUUAAACUUUUCGGGACCAGUAUCUCGGAUCCUGAAUUAAAAAAUCAUCAUACAGAAAGAUCUGGACCCGAAAUAGUUCUAAAACUGAAAAAAAAAGAAAAAAAAAGAUAAUUUUUCAGGCACAAGGCUUUUUUAACGGAAUAAAGUCAAACUUUGGGCUGAAAUAUGAAACUUCAGUUUUUCAUAUGUGAAUGCGUCUGAGGCCGCAUUUUUGAACUAAAGCUUUGACGUCGAUUUUUUCGAAAUUUCAUUUUUUUUUUUCAUAUUUUCACUCUUAUCUCUAACUGAGUUAAGCUCAAACAAGCUCAAAUUACAAACCUAAGCCUUUUGUUUUCAACUGAAUCAAGUCAAAGUUUGAACUGAAUCCCAAAUAUUUUGAAAACGAUCCGCUCAACGGCUCCACCCCCUUCUCCAAUGAAUUCUAAUGGGAUUGGUUCAAGUGGAGGGUGCGCCAGGCGACCUGAAUUAUGCUCAUCCGCCCCCCUUAUACCACCGAAUUUGUUGAGGUUUUCCGACUAAUCCGAUUUGCUGCUGUACCCUACUACAAAUAAACUAUUAUCCCUGUUCCCCUGGCAGCUGGUCUUUUUUUUAUUGUUUUUGAGAUCUUCUUUCGAGAAAUUAUUUCUUUUAAUUAGGACUUUUUCUUGAAAUAAAAGUUCUAGAACUAGCGCUGAAUGGACUAGAAACCAUGUGAAGCUUGAAAUGCAGUUGUUCGUGCAUUUUCUAGAGUUUUUUUUUGGAAAUAAUUGGAAGUAAGCUUCAACUUCGGGUCAAAUGAUCAAAAUGCGCUCCAGGGAACUAUUAAACUUUUUUUUUGAAAAAAAACUCUCUUUUGUUCCAAUGUUCCAAAUUUUCCCAAGAAAAGUUUUUUUCUGAGUGAUUAAAACUUUUUUUAUAUAUGUCACAUGAUCCGAUAUUUUAAUACUUAUUUUUUUACAUUUUAAUAAAUAAUAUUCUUUGAAGUCUAAAAAAACCUAUAUAUGAAAAAUCCAUUACCUCCUUCACAUUGACGAAAAGUUAAGCCUAAUAUUUUCGGCCCGAGGUUUCCCUUUUAUUUUAUUUUUCUCAUUCGCGCGCGCCACAAUCUGCCCGGCUUUUCACCUCCAAUCACGUCAAAACCAACCGUUUCGAACCAAAUUGAAUCAUAGAGAUUUAUUUAUCUGUAGCCAUCGAAACCAGUUUCUUCGCAUUCUUUCUCAGAUUUGGAGGAGACGAAAAUAUAUUUUUUUCAGCUUCGAAGACAGUUCGUCGGUUUCGUCGGGCAUUUCGGAGAAUUUGGACGACGUCUCGACGGACGACCUCAGUGGAACGUGAGUUUUCAACUUUUUUUCUGUGCUUUUAGAGCUUUGAGUAGAAUUUUCUAUUCGAAAGGUUUUUUUCAAGCUUUUGAAAAAAGUUUUCUUGUUCUUCUUUUUGAUUUUUUGAAAUGAGAAGCUCAGAAGGGUUAAUUUUGUUUGAAUCGGAGCAUUUUGACGGAAGUUAUGUUAUUUUGAAGUUUAUUUUCAACUUUUCGAGCUGAAACUUUUUGAUAUUGAAGUUAUAUCCAUUUGGAACUUUUCGCUUUUUUACCCAAUAUUAUUUCAUGAAAUUUUUUCGACGAUAUCAAUUUCGAAGACGAAAACAAAAAAUAAUGAGUUUGGUUUUAUUUCGUACCAUUAAAAGACGGCUGAAAAACAAGAAAACGCGAAAAAUGGUUGAUAGACCAGAAAAAAUAUGGGAAAUUUUUUGUUGACUUCAGAUUUAUCGAUCUGUUUUCCUAUGAGACAAGUUUGAGAAACUGAAAAUCAAUUUUAAAAAAAUUUUUGAAGUAAAAACCGAGACCAAAGUUCGAGAAAUGGGUAAUUUAAAGCCGUGAAAGUUCAUUUUUGACUGAUUUGUUUCAAAAAAAAAAAGAGAAUUUCAUUCCGUCGUCAUUGAAACGACCCUUGACUGCUUCACCUGUGUGAUUCUAAGCAUAAUUACUCUCUCGAAUGGAGGUUAAAUAUUCAGCCGAGCGAAAAUGGGCUUAAAGAGAAGAGUGGUCCCAUGGUGACGGAGGGGGACCCGCCGAAAUAGGCGUGGCUCGCGGCGGUUUUAGGGCACUCUUGGCAUCUCCUCCUCCUCUUUCGUUCGCUUCCCUCGAACAUGCAAUUAGGAAAUUAUGUCCUUCGCCUUUCAUUUGUUCUCAACUUGUGUAGCUUUUGCUCUUUGUUGGAGUAAUUUUGAUAUUUCAUGAGAUUUUCUCAGCUCUGAAAGAAAUUCGUAGAGUCAUCAAAAUAAUUUGAAAUUGAUUGGUCUCAAGAACGUUUUUGGCGCAGGACCAUUCUAAAAACUUUGUAUAAAAGUUUCAGAUAUAAUGUUUUCAACGCCUUUGGACAACUUUGAGAUAGGCUAGAUGGUUCCCAUCAUAAUGAAUAAGGCUGACUUCGAAAAAAUGUGGGAAAAAAUAGCCGCGACAGGUUUUUACUUGUGUGCUCCAUUGAUAAUCUAAGUUUAAAGGAAAUACUUUUUUUUUUCAAAAAGCUCUUUUUCAUUUCCGUGAUCACCUUUCCGAGUACACGAAAUUUUGUGGAAAUUUGAAAAAGCUCAAUUUUGGCUUGAAUCCGUCGACCAACAUUAAAGGAACAAGGAUUUUCUGAAAAAAUAGUUUGGUAACGACUACAAAAAUUUAAACUCGACAGUAACGACCUAAUUUUUUAAGAAACGCGAAUAGAGUAAAGUGAACAGUUUGAAGUUUUAAUUUCAAAGGAACUGAAGACAAUAACGCCCUUCUAAGGAUUUCACCCGCUUAAAAAUUUAUUGAACGUUCUCAAAUUAGAAAAACCAGCAGACUUCAAAAAAUUAAAAAAUCUACAAUUCCUUUUGUUUGACGGAGAUCGACUCGUGAAAGCUUUUUUUAUUGAUUUCCAGCAUAUUUUUCUAUUUCCUUUUUCAGAGAUCAUCCGAUGGCGAGCGUCGCCUACGGGAAAAUCGGUGAUUACCAACAUUUUGUACGCGGCGGCGCACAGAAUGGAGCCAGAAGUGAGUUGAAAUUUUUUUAAAGUGACCGUCAGAGUUGCCGAGGUUUCUUCACUGACUUGAGAUGAUACCGAAAAAAACGACUUUCUUUCACCGAACUGUUUGAAGAUUUACCGUUUUUCAAAGUCGGCUCCAUCUCAAUUCUUCAUUGUGUUAGUUGGUGUUUCGAAUCGCGCCGAAAAUCGAAUUUGAAUCCACUAUUUCGAAUCACAAAGAGGAAGGUCUAAUCGAAUUAGUCGGUGCCGAGCAUGGAAACUGUGGGAACUCCUUUUUUCUACAGUAUUCGGGUCACAUAUGACUUUUCAGCUCUGAGAUAAUUUUUUGGAAUAAUGAACUUCGAAGAACUUUGGGAAAGUAUCAAAAACUACAAAAAAUGGAUUUUUAUAGCUAAAGAUAAUUUUUUUUUUACAAUCUCAUUCAAAAUUUGAUACCUUAUUUUCCUAAUCAUAGUGAUGUAAAAUUUUCUCAUCUAUUUUUGAUCUCAAUUAGUUUUUUUUUUCCUUCAGAUGGCCGAGCAGCAUCUUCAUCAGUUGAUGCAAGGGCCAGGAGAUAUGCCGAACAGGAGAAUAUCCACAAAUUGCUCAGUCAGUGCAGAACGAGUCAACGAGGUGCCGCCACGGCUGUUGGACAGGUUCGACUUUUCUUUUUUUGGGAAUUAACUAGGAAAUUUAACUAAGCUACCGGUUGGACUUUUGAUGAAACUUUGUAUUCUAGGACUUCUCGAAACCUAGAAAAAAUUUACUCAGUAGAUCUUUAUCGUGCUACGGCGCUUUGAAGCUUGCAAACUGCUUCAAAAUUCGUUAUUUGAGAAUUUUAGAGCCUCAUCUAAAAAGUAAAUCUUUGUUUUUUUUUGCGAUUAGGAAUUUAGUUUUAGAGAUCUUGAAGUUAAACAAAAAUCAUCAAAAUAUGAACCAUGACCUGAAAAAGUUCCCUUGAUAGGAAUAUUUAUUGCCUUCUAACUGUAGGAAACCCUGAAAGACACCUGUUCAAACCAUCCGUAUAAUGUUCUCUUUUAUUUGGCGGGAUCAUCGCUCCUCUCGGGACGAUAAUUACUGUACACACACGCACGCAGUUGCAUCUGUCAAGCUGGCUGGCUCGCCGGCUGGACACCCGCUUUUUGCGCGCAAUAAUAGCCGUGGAAAUGCCGACAAAGCCCGUGCGGAAACAUUUGCGGUUUGGCGCCUAUUAAAGUGUGGGAACAGCUGCUGUUGCAAACCCUGAAAUGCCUUUUUGCUGUUGACGAUUUUGUGAAAUUAUCGCGUUUUAUUGUUUUUUCAAGGUCCUGGAUAGAUCUUUUAAGUGUAGGAUUUGAUAGGAAGAAAUAGCCGCAGCAGGUUUCUACUAGAGUGCUCUAUGGAUAAUUGAAUUUUUGAGAAUAAGCUUGAGAGACUUUGUUUGAAAAAUCUAUUUUUUGAAGUCUAUGUACCUUUUUAAAGCAAUUUUCAUAGUUUUAUGAAGUAUUUGCGUUUAUUUUGUCUUUUUUCAUCGAAUUUUCUUGCCUUUCUGAUGUCUCGAAAUGCGUCUGACUGAAUGAAAAGAAGAACUUUGGACGAUCCCCGACCGCUGCCGCAUUUCGAAUGAAUAAAAGAUGAAUUUGCGUGAGAAAGAGAGGGAGAGCAAAAGGCUUUGCGUGAAAAUUUUUCAAUGAAAUUUGCGCUUUCUUGCCAUCCUAUUCAAAAAGACGAAGCGACACGACGCAGUAAUUCAUAAGCGCCACGUGCCGCGCAGAUGCCCCCUUUUACUACGCUUUUUGAAACUUUUUUCCCCGCCGAGCAGCCUUUUCAACUCUCUUUGCGUUUCGAAGUCUUCCGAAUCUCCCAUUUUUGAGAUCAGGUUGCGUAAAAAAUUUUCAGUCUCAAAAUCAAAAAUCAACGUUUUCGGAUUUUUUUUAGCAUAGAAAAAAAUAUUCUAUGGAAAAAAAUUUGUAGAUUUGACUUGAUAUUCUAAAAUUUUUUCUAUUUCGAAGUUUAAUAUAAUUUCUUAUGCGAAGAGUGCCAGUUCUAAAUUUGAAAAUUAGAACCAAUUCAAGUUGAGUUUGCACUUUUUGGAGGAAAUUUAUAGCGGUUUGAGUUUGAAAAUGGUACUUUCGGAAUCAAAAAAAUAGCGGAAAAAUAACAUUUUUUUGAACAAAAAUUGUUAUCCAAAAAGCGCCAUUUCAGGUUCAAUUAACUAGAUUUCAAUGUGAAAUUUUAGCGAAUUUUGUGGUUUUUUUGAGGAAUUGUUCGGAGUGAUCCCGUGAGUUUCAGAAUAACCGGCAAAGUAAAAAUUUUAAAAUUUUCUGGAUUUUUCGGAAUCACUUCAAUCACGACAUGAACCUAGAUGCGAAUUUUUUUUAGAAACCUAAAUACCUGAAAAUUCAAAAAUAGACCUUCAAGGGAUAUAUUUUGUCAGAGAUUGCCUAUAUAGAUUUCCAAGCUCUCAUGGGGUCAACCUCUCUUUAUUUUUGUUUUUCGCGAUAGGUAAACACCAGGUAAUGAAUGAGCCCCGAGACAUCACAAUGAAUGUUAAUUAGAAGCCCUUCCCACCCGUGGCAGUAGUGGUAGUAAGGGACAACUGCCGCGAAAGAACGUCGCGUAAACAAUCAAGUGGUCCGAGGCGAAAGAACGAUGGUUUUUGCAGCAUUCGCUGAGGUCGCCGGGCUACGCGACCAUCGCCGGCGGCUGCUCGCCCCAACUCGCCCUUUCUGCCGACGGCGACACUCUGAGCGUCCAUUCUCGGGCUUCCCUUCGGGCUUCUUCCUCCUCGGCUCAUCAUAAAAGACCGGAUCAAGGUUUGGUGUUCUCGAUGUUGACAGGCUUUCCAAAAAAGGUGAUUCGGAAAAUUUCGCCUAGUGGGGACCGAACCCACGAUCUCGUUAGUGCCAUUCCGCCGAUUUCCUACUGCUCCUCACUGCAGUUGAUUUCACUUUGCGAAAAAACACAGGCUCUUUAAUUUACUGGAGGGAGAUCCUAGAAGCUCAGUAGAUAUCUGAGCUGCAGUUGGCCCCAGAGUGCAAAAAAAAAGUUUCUCCAUAAAAAAAUGUGUUUUGGUCAGAUUUUUGUUAUUCUAUGCUUACUUUUUUUUGGUUUUUUUACAAAAUUUCGAUCAGUUUAAAUUUGUAGCUCUUGCGGUCCUUGUAGCAUGUAGUAGGAAAGUUGACCUGUGGAAAGAAGUUCAAUUCAUUUUUCGAAAAUUAAGGAUUUUGGAUAUUCCAAGACUGCAGCUCACAAAAGGGGAUAUAAUAAUUUUGAAAUGAGGGAAAAAUUCCACGUUUAACCUUUUUUAACAUCUACCAUUUCAAAAAAAAAAGUAGAAAAGGUCUCAAGGAUUUUCUGUUCUUUUGAGUCGUCAUGAUGAGGAGUAAUGAUAUGACUUUUAAAAAAACCACGUAAAUAUAUUCUUCUUCAAGCAUUUUUUGUAGGUCUUGCACUUUCCUUGGCAGGCAUUCUAACGCUUAUCUCUUCUGUUCAUUUUUUAAAAGUUGAAAAAUUUCUAAUAAAAAGAAUGAACCAAUUUUUGAGUUGAACCCACAACGUUAUAGGCAACAGCUACUCGGGUUUCCACUCAUUGGACCGUAAGUGUCACCUUCUCGAUUAUCUCAGCGACCACGACCGUGCCGCCAUGGCUCUGGUCAGCCCCAGAAGGAUGCCUUCCGUCGAUCCACGAGCCUCGACUUCUGCAGGUCCUUGCCCGGAAAAAUAUAUAACUUUUUGUGAUGUCCUCUGUUGUCUUGUGUGUGACUUCUACCACCUCCUGGGCUCUGUAAAAGUUGAGAAAUGGAAAAUAGCCAUGACAAAUGCGCUCUCUUUAUGAUUUUGUAAUUGUUCACAGUUUUGGUCAGAUUUUUGGUCUAUGCUUACUAAUUUUCGAAAACUGAGAGGAAAAAUAUCAAUCAGAAGGACCGAACUUAGAUAAUGUAGAAAAUUCGUUACAAUUAACUUUUUUUCAGUUUUUCGAAUUACCUGUGAAGGGCAUACAUAAUAGGCUUUAUGGGAAAAUCUUGGAAAAUAGUUUUGAUUUUUUUUCAGCUUGUUUGCUGCUGCAUUUAAAUCGUCUAUAGAGCACGGCUCAUCGAAAAAAUGUAAAGUUUCAUCAGAAUAAAAAAGACGCUAAUUUUGAAAUUAAUAAUUUUUUCUACAGCUAUUUUUCCGUUCACUUUCUUGACGAAGCCCACGAGUGCCUUUCUGCUUAACUUUCGCAUGCUUUCCCAUCAUUCUAACGCUUCUUAGCGGUGGAUCGUCGUCCACUAGUGCCUAGGACGCUCGCUUUCUUUCAGCUGCAGCCGGCCUGAACGCCUCGGGCAUGAGUCGGUCGAUGAUCUUGCUGGAGUCGCUCUCGCCACGGAUCUCCCGGCGCAACGACUCCUCAUCCGCGUCGUCGGCGGCGACGGCGGUCCGCCACUCGUCGCAGACGCCGUCACGACGCGGCCCUUCGCCCAGGGCUCCCCGAGCUCGCAUUCCUCUGUCUAUCGCUUCGCCUGUGCAUAAUAACAAGGGUAAACUAACCGAUGCUACACUAACCUGCAAUUAACCUCUGAUUGAUGAGCACGAGAAAAAUAGCCGCGCAGGGCUCUUAUUGAAAGCCAAAGUCUGAUUAUAAGCUUGAGAAUCAUCGCUGAAAGCCUUUUUUGUCCUUGCUGAAACUCAGAUGAAGCUUACUUCGAAGAAUCCCGAUUAUAACCGAAAAUAAGUUCAAAGGCCAAUAUUUGGGAUUUUUCGCGCUCCAAUGAUAAUUUGAGGGUUUCUGGUUGAAUUUCAAAAGUUUUCAUCAGUUUUUUGCCAGUCUGAUCCUAAAUCUAUUGAGACGACAAAACUCAAAUCAGAAAUUUGAUAAAAGAGACCUAAUUAAAGGCAUCUGCGCUCUAUUGAUAAUUUUGCGGCUAUUUUUUCCGAGGCUGAUUGGGGCGUCUAAAAUGAGAAAAAAUUUCCAAGCUAAUUUUUUUUUUGUCUUUUUUCCUUCUCUUGUAUCUUUUUCUGUGAACUUCCGGCUUCUGGGUUUGUGGUUGCUAACUGAAGGAACACCAAAAAAUGCAGUUUUUACACUAAUUUUUGAAACGAAGGGAUUUUUUUUAGUGAAUUUCUCAAGUUUUCAGGCUCAAUGUCGGCCAGAACAACUCGAGAUGGGAUUUAUGCAAACUUGUCUGACGCCAUGCAUCUCCAGAAAUAUGCGGAUGAUGUUGGAAAUUAUAUUUUGUACUUUUUCUCAAGUUUUUGAUUGCAGAUUUACAAAUCGCCGUCCAAUUUGAAUCGAAACUCUGAGAUGGGUUCUCAGUUGUCAUUGGCUAGUUCGACCGCCUACGCGACGGUUUGAGCAUUUUUUUUUUGAAAAAAAGAAUUUUUUGUAGUUGAUUGUAGGUAGAAUAGAGUCGAAUACCGUAAUCAUUAAAAAUUAAAAAAAAAUUUUUUUUAGAUUUCUGCUAUAAAGUUGAAGUUUAAUCGGUUUUAUUUUUCAGCUCAACGACAAGUACGAAUCGGAGAUCCGGAAAAUGGCGCGUGAUUUGGACGUUUAUCGGCAGACGGUCAGCAAAUUGACCAAGAAGCAAGAAAACUACGCCAAGAUGUUCGACGGUUUCAACUCGAAACUGUCCAAUUUGUCCAGACACAUCGACAAGUCCACUCAGCUCAAGGUGAGGACUUUUCUGGCUUGAUUUUGAAGAUUUUAGUCGAUUCAUCACUGACUGGGGUAUGCUCUAUAUGUAAAGAUCAAUAAAUAUUUUAUUUACCAUGAAAAAGUCGACUCAUUAGGUAUCUGGGCUCAAAAAUUGCCUUCAAUGUCUAGAUAAAAGUUGAGAGUUUUUAAAGUACUUCUUUGUGAAACUUUAUCUGCAAUUUUGAGCUUCUAUAAUUUUUUCACAGGCUUCAAGGUAGUUUUUGAGCAAAACUUUGAAAUCAGAGCGAAAAAAGCAUCUAGUCUAGCUAGUCUCAUUCAGAAAUGUAAACUGAAAAAAUUCACAGAAAAAGUUUUGAAAAAAAAACCGAAGCUCAAAGCUACAGAUUACAGUAGAAAUCUAUCUCAUAUUUUUUUUUUUCGAUCUGCCACUCAAAAUAAGAAAAAAAAAACCAAGGAAAUUGAAAUUGCAUGAGCCCCCGGGAUGACGUAUGACGAUGAGUAAUGAGAAAAAGCGCGCGCGAAUUGCGUGCGAAUGUAAAUCAACGAAUGAGGCCGCGACGUUCGACUCGAGGUCCAAAGACAAAUUCGACCCGUGGGAAAAACAAAUUGGAACCCAAUUUACGGCUCAUGAGUCAGUCACUGAAAUCGGCAAACUGGAACACUUUAGAGGGAUUGGAUGCGAAGAAAUAGCUGCAGUUUUCGGAAGUAUCUGCGCUCUAUUGAGAAUUUAUUAGAUUGACGAACUGUUUUAAUUUUUGGGAGCUUUUGUGCUCUAAUGAGAACUUGAAGCUUUUCGAGUUCAAAUCUUUCACGGAUGCGUAAAAAGACACGCUCAGAAACUCAGAACAGAUUCUUUUUUCUCGCAACUUUCCAUAUUUUUGACCUCCUCGCAAUGGCGCCAGAUCAUUACUCUUUGUGCGCCCGAAAGUUCUCCAAACACUUUUUUUCGAUUAUUAGGACUAAUGUACAAAUUUUUCGAAUCAAAUCUUCAUUUUUUUACAUUUCCAGGCGGAUGAAGUCAGCAAACUUCGGCACGAUAUCGAGCAUCUUCGGCUUUUUCAGUGGGAGAUUGGCUUCUGCCCAUGCCGAGCAAUUGAAUAUGGUUCGUUUUGGAACUGAAAUUUUAAAUGAAUGAACAUUCAAAAGGAAAAAAAGUUGCAAUUUUUCAUGAAAAAAAGAAAAUUGAUCUUUGAAAUUAUUACAAAACUUUCAAUUUCAGGACGGCGCCGGUGAGCUUCUACGACAACCGUCUUUGGAAUCCGUCGCUUCUCAUCGAUCUUCGAUGUCGUCUUCCUCGAAGAGCAGCAAGACCGACAAGAGCAGCCUCAACAGCUUCGGCAAGUCCAAAAAGGGCUGGGUCCGUUUCUUUUUUACCUUUUCAUUCGUUUCCAAUGCGUUUAGCACUGAUUUAUUCACUCUUCGAUUGAAAUUCUGAACAUUUUAGCUUUUUGUGCUUUUUAUUUAGUUUGUCUACAAAUCUACUUUGAGGCUGAAAAAAACCUAGAGAAGAUUCAUUUUUUUCUAAAAAAAUGAGUAUACGAUGAACAUUUCUCUAAUAGGAAUGGUCUUUUAGGGAACCAACGUCGACGUCGUUCAGGUAAAAAUGACAUAGAUGGAAGUAAAUUGGUGGUUGUACAGUAAUCAUGAAUAAUUUUCUCAACUGUCGAGAAGGUUCUUGUCAAUUUUUAUUUUGAAAAAUCAAUGAAUUGUUCAAAUCAGCAGGGCGGAGUUUGCGCUUUUGAACUCUUUAGAAAUCUCUUGAAAAAGCUGAAACCGUUUUUUUUCUGUUCAAAGGCGCUGCGUGUUAAUCGACCCAAUAAAUCAGUUUGAAGAGUUUUUAUGAAAUUUCUCGAUCAACCAAUAUUUGUUUUCUCCUUUCAGUAAUAAAUGAAUCGACUAUAACGUAACGAAAUUUAUGCUUCAAAUACUUUGCUACCUCAUUUAAAGGCGCAGAACGAUGUCAUAAACGUCGCGGGACCUCUUUUUCAUUUCCACGCGCUGCCCUUUUUCAUAUUCUUAAUCUUGACAAAAAAAAACAAGAACUUUCUUGGCUAAAAAACAAAACGCCGUAAUAACGUGGUGGUGGCUUUGUGACGUCUAUUAUAACUAUUUUCUCUCCUUUUUUCGUAGAACUAUCGAAUUUUAGAUUCGUUCGUCGCUGACCAAGGCUUUUUCGAAAAAGAAGAACAAAAGCGCGGCGACGUCGGACAACGAAUGCUCGCCGAUGCGGCAGCUUACCACUAUCACUGGCUCUCAUAAUCGGUUUUGGAAGAAAUCGAGUGGAAAAAUUGAAUGUUUCUUCGAUUAAGCUUGGACGAGAUUGAAGUACGAGAGCUGCGAAGGAAGCUUGAUGAACGGGAAGAGAUUUUGACCGACGUCAGACUCGACGCUCUAGACAGAGCUCGACAGGUCGAAGUGCUCAGGGAGACGGUCAAUAAGCUCAAGGUAAGUAAAACAAAAUGAGGGUGAAUUGUAAGAUUCAGCCUCCUAAGUUUUUUUCGAGUCGAAACUUUGUUUGAUUAGGGAUUUUUAGUCAUUAUUCUAGAUAACGGUAAUUGUCACGUUGCAUCUUUUUAUAUGUAGUAAUUGAUUUUUUUUUUUUUGAAGUUCAAAUUAACCAAGAACUUAAUUAUUUUAUAAUAGUAAUCAUAGCUUCAACAGAAAUCAUCUAUUUACCAUUUUGUGUCAGUACUCAUCCGCAAUUUCAGAGCGAGAACAAGCAGCUGAAGCAGGACAUGAACCGACUUCUGACGGUUCGAUCUCGCGCCUCAUCGCACGCUUCGAUCCCCGUGAUGGGCGACGAGGAGCACUUCUACGAGAUCCCGCCCUGCCAGAGCAGCUCCGGCUCGGCGAGCUUCUCCAGCAAACGCUCCUCCGGCUGCAACUCGGUCAAAGUCACGGUGAACGUCGACCUCCGCGGCACCAUCAGUGACGUCAUCUGCCCCGAUAAUGAGAUCAUCGUCGGGUUCUUGCCGCUGCCGGCCAAGGAGACCACCUGGGCUGAGCUGGACCAGCUCAUUGUCGCACUGUUCCAGGUGAUUUUGGAGGAUUUCUCUAUGAGCUUGCACCUCUCUUUGAGUUAACUUUUAAAAAAGAUUUUUGAUGGAACUUUUUUGAAGCUUUCCUUAAUUCAGUCGACCAAUUUUUCAGGCUUACAUGGAACGAAUCGAUAUCGAGCGACAUCUCGAGUUGAACCCACGCGACGCGAUCGUCGGCUAUCAGAUGGGCGACGUGAGACGCGAAACGAGCGGCAAAGCGGCGACGACGCCGUCAAAGUCGCCGGCCGACGUCCUGACGCCGACAACGACGAUUCGGAUGUUCCUCCGUGGCGCCGAACAGGAGAGAGUCGACUCGUUGGUCCUGGACACGCUGCUGCCGAAGAGCAUGCUCGAGCAGCUCGUUAGGUUCCUCUUCACUCAACGACGGCUCGUCCUGGCUGGUGCCGCCGGUUUGGGAAAGGUGGGAGAUGAACUAAUACAAAAGAUCAAUAUAAGCAAGGCUAAGUUGAAGAGAAUGAAGAUUUGAUGCUUUAGUUUCUCUGUCGUCUCUUCAGGUUCCGGUUGAUCCCUCGCCUCACUGUUUCUGUUCUUGUAUCUUAAAUUUGUUUUCACAAGCGAUUUUUUUUCCAAAUAUUUCAGUUUUGCACACGCUGGGCGAUUUCGAAAAUUUCUACCAACUCAUUCUAUAAAUGUGUACUUUAGAGCAAACUUGCUCGCGAGUUGGCCGCCUACACAUCGAUGAGAAUCGGCGAAACUCAAGAUUGCAUCGUCGACAUCAAGAUUCCCGAUGAGAGCGGCGAGAAACUGGUCAAGGUACAUUUCUCCUUAUCGUUUUGAUUCAAAAUACAAGUUUUUCCAGGUCGAGAAGCAAUUGGAGACGUUGCUUCAGUCGAAGAAGCCGUGCGUCUUGCUCAUCGACAACGUUCCAAAAAAUCGGAUCGCCUUUGUCGCCUCCGUCUUCGCCAAUAUCCCUCUGGCCCAGAAUGGUUUUUUAUAAGAAAAAAGAAGGUAAAAAUGUCCAUUUUUCAGAAGGACCCUACGUCCUGUGCACGGUGAACCGCUACCAGCUGGUCGAAAUGCAAGUUCAUCAGAACUUCAAAAUGUUCCUCCUGACCAACUGCAUGGAGGGCGUCAAUGGCUUCAUGGCUAGGUUAGUUUGAGUUGUAGGAAUUAGUGACAAAACUGAAAAAAUUCAUAGAAAUUCGGGGACAGUUCUGAGGCUUGAAGGUUUUGAAAACUGCCUUUUUUUACGAGCGAAACUAACUGAUUUUGGUACCAUUAGAAGCGCCAGGAGAUUCUGAGUUUGAUAGUUUGACUAAGAGGUCUGGGGGACUAUUUGUCAGCCGAUUAGGAUACGUGUUAGUGGAUCCAGCUCGAACCAAAAGCUUAACCACAAAAAUGAAUUUUUCUCAGAACGAAACUUUCUUGAUUCCCAGAGGAUAGUUUUUUUUUUGAUUUUAUUGAUUGACGAACUUGAAUAAGACAAGAAAUUAAGAGUUUUUUUUUCGUUCUGAUAGCCGAUUUGCCCCGAAUGGAAACAGUAUGACCUGUCUACGCUCUCUUUUCUCUCACCAGCAAGGUCAUAUCAACAUGGAAAUAGUAUGAAUAAAGGAGUGAGUUAGACAGCGAGAGAAAAGAGGGCGCAAAAAGGUCAGAAUUUUUCAAGAUUUUUCAAUGGCUAUCUGGGCAAAUUCAUUCCUUAUGCGAAGAAAAAGUCAACUCUUUUGAAUUAUUAUUUUUCGAACUUCUGAAUUUCCAGAUUCCUUCGCCGACGGACCAUCGAGGCCGAGUACCGUCAGUGCCGUCAGACGCCCAGCGAGCUCGUCCGCGUCAUCCAGUUCCUGCCGGUGGUGCUCGACGCGAUGAACAAGUUCAUCGCCAAGACCAACUCUCCCGACGUGACCAUCGGCCCCCGGGUCUUCCUCCAGUGUCCCUUGGGCGUCGACGAGUCCCGUCAAUGGUUCAUUCGCCUCUGGAACGACAACUUCGUCCCGUACAUGGAGAAGGUCGCGCGUGAAGGUAAGCGAAAAGACGUGUUUGGGUUGCGGCAAACAUACAAUCGCCCUUUUUCGAUUAUCUUUCCAAAAUUCUUUAGUUAUUUUUGAGAAUAACUUUUUUUCUCGAAACUGAAGGGUUUUCUCAAAAUGAGAAAAAUUGGUGAAACUCACUUAAAAAAGAUACUAGAAGGUAGAAAGAUCCUAAUAGAAGGAUAGACUUUAAUUUUAAAUUCAUAGUGAGAUUUUCAAUCAAUAAAUAAAUCCGUUUAUUGUCGGAAAAUUAAGAUGGGCGAUGCUCAAAGCGCUCUUAUUCGAAAGCUAGUGAGUACUGAUAAACAAGAGGGUUCAGAGAGAAAAAGGCGCUUGCUCUCUCAUUUUGAAUGCUCUCUAGUUUUCGAAAUUUCGUGGCUCAAAGGUUCAGAUGUAGAAAAGCAUUGAAAAAAAGAACAUCAACCAGAUGAACUUCACAAAAGAUUCCUACUGAUUUGACGAGUUUCCAGGAAAGAAGAACUUUGGUCGUUGUGCGUCUUUCGAAGACCCGACGGACGUCGUCGGCGAGCACUGGCCUUGGUUGGAAGGACCUCCAGUGGAGGAUUCUCUGCAGAGGCUCUCCCUCCACGACAUCGUUCCUUCUGGCAACACGCCAAAGCAGCCCUUCAACCCCCUGGAGUCGCUGAUUCAGCUCCACGCCAGCAAAAACUCUGCUAUCGAUAACAUCUGA